AUUGACAACAGUUAUGUUUCAAAACUUCCAGGGUUAACAAGAGAAAGCUUGAAUACUCUCUUGAACCUUGGUUACACGCUCGCAAAACAUUAUGGAAGACAUUCUGAACAUACACGAAAAACCGUACUUCGAAGAAAGUAUAACAAAAUUUGAGUAUCAUUCGUAUCAACCAUUUUCUAGUAAUGCGCUGUCGAAUAACGAUGAAAUACGGAUUGCGAUACAACAUCAAGAUUUGUAUACUCUUCCCAGUGAAUCGCUGCUAUACAUCGAAGGCGAAAUAGAGAAAAGUAUGGAAAUAGGUGAGAGUGUGUCAUUUGUAAAAUUAAUUAACAACGGUAUUAUGUUUCUGUUUGAUGAAAUUCGUUACGAAUUAAACUCGGUUGAACUUGAUAAAGUAAGAAACCCUGGUAUAACAACAUGUAUGAAAGGUUAUGCCUCUUUUCAAACGGCAAACCUUUACCGAUAUCAAAACGCUGGAUGGAAUGAAAGUGGUGACAGUAAGUCGAAAUUUGAAGUUUGUAUACCUCUCAAAUUAAUCAUUGGGUUUGCGGAAGAUCAUCGUAAAAUUAUAAUCAAUUCUCGGNUUUGA